CUUCAAUCAUCAACGAUUGCAUACUACACACAGGUCAAAAGCUGCUCGAUCGCCAUUAGUGAAUGCUUCCAGAAAUCAUGAGUCCCCUUGAGACCCAUCAGUUCGAUGCUUUGGAAUCUAUUUACGAUCACCUUCUUCAGGAUAACGAUGCUGUUGAUGAGAAUGCCAUGGUUUUUGCGCCAAGGAGUUCGAGCUUCGGUGAUCUUUUGCUCGCGGAAAGUUGGAGCGAACUUCCGCUGAAAGUUGACGACUCGGAGGACAUGCUGGUGUAUGGCGCUUUGCGCGACGCCCUCAAUUCUGGGUGGAUGAUGCCUUUGGCUUCGAAUCAAGAGCUUCGUUGCGAGGUGAUGACCGUUGAUGGUGACAGCAUUGGUCCGGAGCUGCAGAAGAGGCCGGAGACCGUGGAGCGUGAGAUGCAAGCGCCGGUCAAGAAGAUGCAAUAUAGAGGAGUGAGGAGGCGGCCGUGGGGAAAAUAUGCGGGGGAGAUCAGAGACCCCAAGAAGAACGGCACUCGGAUUUGGCUGGGGACUUACGAGACGCCCGAGGACGCGGCGUUGGCCUAUGACCGGGCUGCUUUCAAGAUGAGAGGGUCCAAGGCCAAGCUCAACUUCCCUCACCUCAUCGGCUCGACUGAGUACGAGCCUGUCAGGGUCAGCCCCAAGCGUCGGUCCGCCGUGCCUAGCUCGCCGUCCAGCGACGACGGAUUGACCGGGACGAAGAGGAGAAAGAGAGAGGUCGAUUCAAACGCUUUGUUAGGUGUGGACGGACAGUUUUUAUUUUAGCUGUACACACUGUCAAGGCGUUGUCUUCAUCAAAGGAAAAUCCAACCAGACAAUUUCACGUGUGAAAAGACUGUUAAUUUGGUUUUUCCUA